UGCGGCGCGAGCUGGCGGUGGCGGUAACGGCGGGGGUAACGGUCGGAACGGUCGCAACUGUCUCUUCGGCGGCGGCGGCGGCUCCUCCAUGAGUACCCUCCUCGCCGGGCGCUCCCACCGGCCUCGCUCAGCCGUCCCUCGGGCUUUGGCGGAAUAUCUUUGCUGUUAUGGACCAGUAUGGAGAUAUGUCAGAAGGUGAUUCUGAUGGAGAAGAAAAGAAAUAUAGAAGUAGUAUUUCACCAGUUGACGAGCAAUUUGACAAACAUGGGAAAAAAGAAAUGGAUGCAGAAAAUUUAGAUCUUGAAUUGGGUUCACUUAACAAGAAAGAUUGUGUUAUUGAGAAGAAAAAUGAAGGGAAAGAGAAAACACCUUCAGAAGAUCAUGCCUUAGAAAACUGUACUGGAAUAUCUUCAUCCUCAUCAAAUUCAGGAUCAAUACCUUCAGAAGAUCCUGCCUUAGAAAACUGUACUGGAAUAUCUUCAUCCUCAUCAAAUUCGGGAUCAAUACCUUCAGAAGAUCCUGCCUUAGAAAACUGUACUGGAAUAUCUUCAUCCUCAUCAAAUUCGGGAUCAAAGAGUAUAUGUAGUACUUCAUCAACAGUAAAAAUACAUUUAACCAUUCCAAUCCCUCAAAUAGUAAGAGGAGAAGAUGAUUAUUGUACAGAUGGAGAAGAGAGCAGUGAUGACGGGAAAAGGCAUCCUAUCAGAUCCAAGUCAGGUACAGAUACAGAUUAUUCAGCUACCGAAUCUGACAUCUGUCUCUCUGAUUCAUCUCAAUCGUCUUCAAAGAAAAGUGCACCUGAUUUAGCUCUGCUGUCUCCAAAACAAAAAUGCAAAUCAGGAAAGUCAACAGAAGCACCGUCCAUAAAUUCUAAACCAAAACUUGGCGAAUUAACAGGAGAAUCUGAAGAUACUGUGACUGAUGUAACUCCUUUAUCAACUCCAGACAUCAGCCCUAUUCAGUCUUUUGAACUGGCGGCAUCAAAUGAUCAGGAAACAAAAGUAAAAAGGCAAGAAAAUGUGAGCCAAGAAACAAAAUAUCUGAAAUCAGCCAGAGUAGGGAAAGACAAAAAUGGAUCUAGUCUCACCUCUAAAGCACUCUCGUUAAAAUCCAACUUGGACAACAGAUAUAAACAAGAAGUCUUGCAUGAUACACUGGACCGGAAUCAGCUUUUAAAAGCUUUCCUGCAAUUAGACAAAAAAGAACAGCAAAAAUUUAGUGUUCAAAGACCUCCAGCACCUAAGAAAAACUACUCUUUUACAAAGGAGGAGGUAAGACAGAUUGAUCAGGAAAAUCAAAGGUUAUUAAAAGAACUAUCCAAACAGGCUGAAAAACCAAGAGCUAAGAGUACCAUUCCUGUUGUUCCAUGCCCAAAGUUGUGCCACAGUGCUCUCAACAGACAGAAGGAACAGCAAAGAAUUGAGAGAGAGAACUUGGCUUUAUUGAAAAGACUUGAAGCUGCGAAGCCAACCGUUGGUAUGAAGCGUACAGAACAACUGAUGGACUAUCACCGACAUAUGGGCUAUCUAAAUGCAUCCCCAGUCUCCAGACAAGUGAGGUCUACUCUUAGUCAGAUUAGUCCACUCAGAGGAGCUUCCAAGUCAUCUAGUUCUACAAGUGCAUUCAGCCAGAGGAGUGAGAGAUCACUUUUGGAUGCAUCCAGUGGCCCUCUGGUGAGACCUAAACCCCCUAAUGUUCGUAGUGCAUCAGGAGGAGCUUCCAAGUCACCUAGUGCUACAAGUGCGCUCAGCCAGAGGAGUGAGAGAUCACUUUUGCAUGCAUCCAGCGGCCCUCUGGUGAGACCUAAACCCUCUAAUGUUCGUAAUGCAUUAGGAGGAGCCUCCAAGUCAUCUAGUGCUACGAGUGCGCUCAGCCGGAGGAGUGAGAGAUCACUUUUGGGUGCAUCCAGUGGCCCUCUGGUGAGACCUAAACCCCCUAAUGUUCGUAGUGCAUUAGGAGGAGCUUCCAAGUCACCUAGUGCUACGAGUGCGCUCAGCCAGAGGAGUGAAAGAUCACUUUUGGAUGCAUGCAGUAGCCCUCUGGUGAGACCUAAACCCCCUAAUGUUCGUAAUGCAUUAGGAGGAGCCUCCAAGUCACCUAGUGCUACGAGUGCGCUCAGCCAGAGAAAUGAGAGAUCACUUUUGGAUGCACCCAGUGACCCUCCUGUGAGACCUAAACCCCCUAAUGUUCGUAAUGCAUCAGGAGGAGCUUCCAGGUCAUCUAGUGCUACGAGUGCGCUCAGCCGGAGGAGUGAGAGAUCACUUUUGGGUGCAUCCAGUGGCCCUCCUGUGAGACCUAAACCCCCUAAUGUUCGUAAUGCUUGGUUAUAAAAAAAAACAAAAAACAUUUUAUUUUGAACAUUGUUAUUCGGAUUUCUAUUGAAGUGCUCUUAUGGAUUAUUGUAAUUCUCUGUGCAAAAGUCUGUAAUCCUAUUUUAAGUGAUUAAAGUAUACAGCAUUGUGUUUUAAUUUAUUAUAACUUGAUGCAAUAUUUGCUUUCCAAAGGAAAGUUUCAUGUCAAAUCAGUGUUUCUUGUGUGGAUGUAUUUAUCUGAGAUGUGUAUACACACACACACACACACACACACACACACACACACACAUUUAAUACAGGGAUGGUAGUAUACAUGUAAAUUUCCUCACCAUAUUAACAAAACUCAUCGUCAUGCUGACAGAAUGGUGGUAUUGCAAUACUUUGGACCCAGGAUUUUUAGCCAUUUAGUUCUCAUUUUUUUCUAGUAAACUUUAAACCAUGAGCUUAGCUUCUAAAUUUAUUCUAUUUUUCUGUGUGCUUCAGGACUUAUGUGAGUGUGAUUUAUUGCUUGGAUUUAUAAUUGCAGCACUUUCUAGAUAGUUUUCAUUAAGAAGCAUAUACUGAAAUUUUCUUUCUUUUUUUUUUUUCUCAGAUGGAGCUGUUAAGUUGGUCUGAGAAUUGUAGGGUAGAAUGAUAGAAGCUUACAGUGGGACCAUCCUAAUAGUCAACCUGAUUCUCUUUAGGUGCUGAGUUUGAUCUUAAAACUUUGAUCUAGUCCCCUUUCCUCUGAACUGUGAACAAACAUCAGAGUGUACAGAGUAGAAACUUCUCCUACUUUUUUACCUUUUCCAGUUGAGUAAAAAUAUUGCUAAUGAAGGAGUGAAGGAAAGCUUGGAAUUUGAUUCUUCUUCUUUGUGGCAUUUUUUUUUUCAGACACCUCUGGUGAGACAGCCCUUGAGUCCACCCUUGACAGCUGUUACCCCCAUUACGCACUCCAUUCCACCCUUGAGGGAGCAGAUUUUUGCCUUCAGCAGAAAGAAGGCCCUACCCCUCCCGCCCAUGGCAGGUGGGUGGCGAGGGAGGGAGACAGCUGUACAGCUUCCAGCUCUGGCUGGACCCCAGGGCACUGGGACCACGCUACUGUCUGAGGCAAGAGUUAACCCCGCACCCCCAACCCCCCCCCCCCAAAAUAGAAAAAUAUCAGCCAGGAGUGAUGCAGAGGGUUUUGUUCCUCACUCCCGGUUGGGGGUCAGGGUGCCUUCACGGAAGCUCUGUGCUCAAGUCUCAGCUUAGCUUAUAAAAAGUAAUAAAUUAAUUGUAGGGAUCUGCUUCUGAGGCUAUUUACAAUGUGCCCGACCAGUUGAGGAAAGCCCUCCUCUCACCCCACAGUACCUGCACACUACAAAAACAAGGAGACUUCUUUCCAGUUUGUAGAAAAAACUCUUGAUGGUUCUUGUUAAAGUCCGUGGUUUCCUUGUACUAGGUCUGAUGUUUUCUGGUGGUGGUUGUAUUUUUUUUCCCUCAACAGGCACAUCCCAAAGGCUUGCUCUUCCUGAGGUUUGUGGCUUUCAGAAGGUGGUGAGUUUCCUUUCUCCCAUGCCCUGUCACGGGGACACAUGCAUCAACUUUUGACUCAAAUCUGAGAGACAGAUGCAGAGUGGGUGGGAUGGGCGGGGGUAGGGAGGUCCUUGAAGCCCUUCUAGGAGGGCACCUCUUCCUGUGACUUCCCACUGUAGGUGUGCCUCCUAGUGCCACCCCCUUCCCUCCUCUUCACUGGACCUGCCUCAUCCUGGGGACUUGCUCCUGGCCUCCUGAGAGCUGAAGGAUGGGCAGGGACUUGGCAGCCUGCAGGGGCCCCCGAGGAUCUGUGGCACUUUUAAAGGCCAAAUUGGCAACAACGUUAGUCUUGUGUUAACAAGCAGCAAAGCAAGUAUUUUUUGAUUCAGAAUAAAAUGUCACUGACGUUAUGAAAGGCUAAGGAGCAGAUCCUGGGGCAUCAGACCAAUCUAUUUUAGGAGACAACAUUAUUAGUAUGUCGUGUUCUUAUUUAUUAUUAACUGUUAAGGAAGAACUUGGUAAAGGACUCUGCGUUUUAUAGUAGUCCUUGACGUUGCUGCUAGUACUUUAUAGGGCUAAAAGGAAUAGUGCUAUAAAACAUAUAUCCUAUAUAAUCAACACAUGUUCUUAAAUGUUAGUGCUUCCCCCCCACCCCAUACUGGAGUUGUAUUUUUUUGCCAAGCUUUUAUUUACUAGUGCAAGUUGUCUUAACAUUGGUAGUAGAAAGUGGGUUUUAAUAGAGGUAUAGAUAAAAAAGGUAGGUUUUAAUUAGAAACUUUCCUUAUUUAAAGGCUUUUCUUUAAUAAGAUGAAGUGUAAUGCUGCUAUUAUUAUUAUUAUUCUAUUUCUCUACUUGCCUUCUCAGCCUCCCUGCAGAAUGUUUGGGAGGGUUCUAUGUUAAAUGCCAGAUCUUUUUUUGAGAGCGUUGUGAUCCAUGGCCACAAAAAUAAGGAAGUUGAUUUUUAUUCUCCAGCUUUAGCUCUUGCUGUGUUUUGAAACGUACUGCAUAUAGUCAACAAGAAAAGUUAAUUUCUUCAGUACUCUAGGCAGUAAGACAAACUAUUUUAUGUUAAAUAUUGAUUCUAAAUUUUCUGACUUGUGUAUCAAUUCAUAUCCUUAGCAUCUAUUACAGUUUGUUUAGGUUUGGGGGGGAAGGAAAGGGUGGCGGGUGGGUUUAAGGUUUAAACAGUGAUGUGAAGACAAACUGGUUCUGAGAUUAUCCUUCUUUCAUCAGGGAUGUAAUGUUCAUUGGGUGCUGCUGCCAUAAUUAUUUAAUGUGCUGCUCUGGUGAUCAAACUAUUUUGCCAUUUAAUACUUUGCUUAUGAAAUAAGAUACAGCUGUAUUUAAUAUCAAGGUCACAUUUUAAAUUUGCACUUUUAAUGUUUGUAUACCAACUUUCAUUGGGGGGAAAUAUGAGGCUGAAUUUUCACAGCAUGUUGGGCAUUCAGUGAUGAAAAUUGUCAGUUUUUGUAUGUUGCUUUUGUAAAUUGUAAGGGGAAGAUAAAAUAAUAUAAAG